ACUAAAACAUUCAUACACUUAUAUAUUAAGGACCAUUUGGAUUAUUUUCAUCUUGACAAACCACCAUUCAUUUGGUGAUGAUGAUGUUGAUGUGCAAAGGGGUAUGGCCAAGCAGCUCAUCCAUUGUUCUGUUGCAGCCACCAAAUGGACACAGAUCCUUCAAAACCCAAGCUAGCUUUUCUAGCUACCCUCUCGCCAGCAAAGUUAUGGUUAGAAAUCUAUCAUACUCCACUGAUGAAAGUUGUCUGGAGAAAAUAUUUUCAAAUUUUGGUCAUGUUGCUGAAGUUAAGAUUGUCAAGGAUGAAGUGACCAGGAGAUCAAAGGGAUAUGCUUUUAUUCAGUACACUUCUCAAGAAAAUGCCAUGCUUGCUCUUGACAGCAUGGAUCACAAGUACCUCAAUGGCAGGGUUAUUUCUGUGGAACUUGCGAAGCCUACAAAGAAAGACUUUGGCAGAUACCCAAAAAGUUGUGGACCACCUGUGGAAAGAUUACCAUCUGAAAACGAAGUUCCAGACCUAAAAGAAAACUGCUAAGGUAAGGCUUACGCUAGUGUUAGAAUGUCAUUCAUUGAUAGGUGAAUGACAGUUCCACAAAUCAUCAUUCUGGAAACUACUAUGAUGCAGCUUCGGGUGGACUUGAUAAAAAUUCUGUUGUGUAAAACUUCACUCUUAGGUCAUUCCUACAGGCUACAGGACUAGUUUACUUGUUCUGUCAUCGCACCCUGUGUUUUGCAUGUAAGCCCACAUAUAUAUUGUGUUUGUUCUCUGAGGCAUGGCGCGUUGCAUGUCAGUCCAGGUCAAUUACUUCAUACUAGAAGAGGCUAAGUGUACUUUCAGUCAUCUUUCAAAACCUGUACUUAGAAUCAUGUAUAUUAAAUCGCAAGACUUGUGCUUUGUCAACUUGAUGUAACUAGUUUGAUGGUCA